CCCUGGGUUCGUCCCGUGGUACGGGAUCCCAGAGCCUCGCUUGCUGCUUUCCUUUUCCCACUGUGUUUAUGGACACUUUGGGGUGAAGGGGCAUUGAUAACUGUGACGUUGCAGCACGGUAAAUGCAUUUCAGCAUUUACCCCUUGCGUGCAAGUGAUCUUCGCUCCCUUGGAUCACCCUGCUGGCUGUGCUGCCCGUGCUUAUCUCCGUGCGGCUGCUGUCAUGCUAUUCUUAGUACCCAGGUUUGAAGCUUGGAAUUACCUCAGGCUGCAAUUGCCCUUUGACUGCAGUGUAGACGCACCCACUCUGGUUGUUGCCACAUGGGAAACCUCCGCACAAUUCAUCCUUCACCUGACCUUGUGCUCGUAUACCUUAAUCAUAACUGCUCUUCUCUAUUAGAGCUCCUCUCUGUAAAAGUGGGGGUGGGUAGGGAAUAUGCACAAUAGUUCUUGGCUUCAGCAAGCAGCACCGCAUCACUUUCUACUUCCUUGCCCUUUUUCUUUCCAAAUCAGCACGGCUAGCAUUGGCAGUGCCAAUUUCCAUUUGCAUUUUUCCUUUGUUAUGGUGUGUCUGCUUUUCAUUUACUGUAAAAGAACUACCCAUUUAACUUUAAUUUGUUGCUUUCAGUUUGAGAUCCUAGAAUGGUAAUUUGCUCUUUAUUCUUAAAGUAAUAUGAAGUUAGAGUAUUAGCCCUCUUUUUAUUAAGGGGGAAAUGCUGGCACAGAUAGGUGAAGUGACAGUCUCAUAGCAAGUCAAUUAUAAAAUCAGCACCUCUGUCUCCUAACAUCAGUCCCAAUUCUGAAUGCUGCCUUGUUCAAGUGGGCUUCCGUUUACCUCCCCCCGCUCCCCCCACCCGCGCAAGGCAUUAAGACUAGCAGUGCUAGAGCCUGACCCUCAGACACAGUUUGUAAAAUCUGAUCUUUAGUUUUCUGAUACCAAGCACCAUUGUCAUUCUGUGCCUCCUUUCCUCUCCCAUGUAGAUCAAUUUUAGUUGAAGUGUCCUAAGGAUUAUGUAGCUGAAAUCCCACUGUUCUCCCUUCUGCUGCUCCAAAUGGUGUUUGCCGUCUUGUAAAAUCAAAGUUGAUGAAUUCACUAGCAGUUUAAUCUCUGGAUUCUGAGAACCAUAUGAGACUAGGAAACCUACUGAAGUAUUGCAUGUGUUAGUGCUUGGCAAGUAGAGCCAAACCUACAUUAUAAAAUAGAUGUUUAGAUUAUAAAUAUUUUAUACGGCAAUUCUUGUAAUGCUUUUCUUGUGUGUGUGUUUUGUUUUUUUUACAGCUGGAAACCAGUUGUCAUGCUGUCUUGUAUACACAAGCAAUUCCAAACAUUAGGGAGCCUGUUCUAUAAAGUAGACAGUGCUGCAAUAUAGUGGUAUUUGAUUGCAAAACGAUAGCUGUGCAGAUAUUUCAGAAUGAGCAAAAGAACAAGGAGUGAUUCGCCUCUAGGGAGAAUGAGUGGGCCCACAUUCCCUUCUCCAGCUGCUGAGAUGGCAGAAAUUAAUCGACUUCAGUAUGAAAUGGAAUACACUGAAGGCAUCAGCCAACGCAUGAGGGUCCCAGAAAAGCUAAAGGUAGCUCCACCAACUGCUAGUCUGGAACAGAGCAUCCAAGAAGGACUUCCAAAUGCAAGUGUUACAAUGCAGGUCCCAGAGAGGAUUGUAGUGGCAGGUAAUAGUGAAGACAUUCCAUUUUCCAGACCACCAGAUCUUGACCUUCUGCAGUCCACCCCAUUCAAACCUUUGGCAUUGAAAACUCCUCCUCGGGUUAUUUCACUUAGUGAGCGACCACUAGAUUUCCUGGACCUAGAAAAACCACCACCACAGACACCUCAAAAUGAAGAGGUUCGUUCAGUGGGAAGACUGAAGAGAGAACGUUCCAUGAGUGAAAACGCUGCUCGUCAAAAUGGCCAGUUGGUCAGAAAUGAUUCCAUGUGGCACAGAUCAGAUACUGUCCCAAGAAAUAAAAUGCCACGGUUCCAGUCACCCCUCUCCACUAAGGACUACACUGUGACACCAUCACUACAACAGGCUCGUGUCUGUCCUCCCAAUAUGUUACCCGAAGAUGGAACUAAUCUUUACUCUGCUCGUGGCAUUUUGUCGCUUAUCCAGACUUCCACUCGUAGGGCUUACCAGCAGGUCUUGGAUGUGCUGGAUGAAAAUCGCAGGCCAGUGUUACGUGGUGGGUCAUCUGCUACCACUUCUUCUAACCCUCAUCAUGACAACACCAGAUCUGGUCUUUCAAACUUGGACGUGACAAUUGAGGGAACGCCAGAUGACAUGACAGUUGUGGAUGCUGCUUCUUUAAGAAGACAGGUUGCGACCCAAAUGAGAGUCGAGGGGGCAAUGCCAGCAGCACCGCACACAAAGGACAAGCUGCGCCAUGUGCUGGGAGCUCCCAUGCCCUCGUGCCGCCAUCACUUCCACACUCCGCUCCCAGCAGCGGAUCAUAACAAAAAAAGAUAAUCAAACUCAAUCGUCGCCUACAACUUCUGGAAGAAGAAAACAAAGAGCGUGCUAAAAGAGAAAUGAUCAUGUACUCAAUUACUG